AUGAGUCUGAUAUUCAAACGAGAUGCUUCGUUCUUUGGCAAUUUGGGAGACAGCGUCUCGAAAAUAGUGCCGAAACCGCACCGGUUUUUCAAGGUGACCAAACCGUUUGGCUUCGAAAAGCCUCCAGUGCACUUGAGAGACCUACCGCGAAAGAAAUGGCUCACAAAAGAAAACCUCAACGUGCCCAAGAGAAUCUGGGAUUUCUACUUCGACGGGAUCACAAGACGAACGCGAGUCGACAAGAUCCAGAAAGAGCUCGCGUACGGAGGCAUGUACGACUUCCAUGUGUACAUGAAGACCAAGGGCCGGCUGUUUGAGGCUCCUAUGUCGUAUUUCAAGAGAGACAAGUCGCUUUUUUUCCCUAAUUUCCAGGCUCGCACGCUGCGCGAGCAGAACGUCGAACUGAUGGACGUGCUCAAACAGGCCAAGGUGACGGUGCUCAAGGUGUACUCUGCCGACUCGGGCAAAGAGAUGGUGGCCGACUACUUCAAGAUCCCCAACUCGGACGACAGCUACCUGUCCAAGACAGGCAUCGACGAAUUCCACAAGACGUUCCCACAAUCGCAGAUCGUGGAGCUGUUGCUGAGCGAGAAGUGGUCGAACCAUUUCGUCCACACAUACGUGACCCCACGCAAGCUCAGAGCCGAGAUCCCAGACUCGCAGCACGACAAAUUUCUUGUUGCGCUCCGAGACGCGGUUCUGUCGCGCGAGGACCGCGAAAAACUGCUCAUGACAAACACAUAUGCCGGAUACGUGUAUCUGAUCGACGACUCGUUCCGGAUCCGCUGGGUCGGGUGCGGCCAGCCGGAGGAGAAAGAGGUCCAGGGGCUGUGGAAAGCGCUCAAAGGACUGGAGAAAGAGACCGGGCGCAAACUGGUCAAAACUAGAUAA